UGUCAUAUCACCGCAAUUCAAAACAAUUGCUUGUAAACUAGUUAUUUUGAUAAGUAUAUUUUUUAGAGGACCAAGUAUUAAAAGAAUUACUAAUUGUUAAUCGCCGUGGAUUCCAAACUCAGCAUAAAAUGAAUAUUAACGAAGGAACUACCAUAGAAGAUCUAUGGACACCAUAUAAGGAACUAGUAUCUGUGGUGGAAGGAUACUUGGCACAUGAGAGUGGAGGAGCUCCAUAUGCAGUGCACACAUUUGAAUCUGUCCUGAGAAGGCACAAACAAACAUUUCUAUCACUCUUAAAAUAUCCUCCUAAAAAUCCAACAAGCAGAGAGGAGAUCAAAAGAGGCGUUACGGAAGGAGUUAAUUUACCCAGUAUAGGCAGGACUUUACUGUCCAAGGAGCUUGUUGAUGAAGCUAUUAUAAUAUCAGGUAAAAAUACUUGUGAGGCCAAAAAUGACAAAAAUAUGAGAUAUGUACAGUCAGCUUCAUAA